AUGAUAGGGAAAACUGGUUGUGGGAAAAGCGCGACAGGAAAUAGCAUUCUACGGAAAGAAGUUUUUAAGUCAGGAAAUAAUUUUUCAUCAUGUACUAGAUACUGCACACGUGGUGAAAGUACAUUCGACACAGGAAUAAAACCUUACAAAAUAAUUGUUGUCGAUACUCCAGGAUUAUUUGACACGAAAUCAAAAGCCGAUGAUGUGAACAAGGAAAUUGCUAAGUGCCUCGGAGUAAGCUCCCCUGGUCCGCAUGUGAUACUUUUUGUUAUGUCCCUUGCAGUACGCUUCACACAAGAGGAGGAGAAUACUGCUUUACACUUUACUAAUCAGUUUGGAGAAAAACUCGUUGACUUCGUAAUCAUUCUUUUUAGUCAUGGCGAUACAAUAAAAAAAAGACGACUCAAUUGA